AUGUCAUGGCCAUCCCAAUCGCCUAUGGGCGGUAUGGGGGGAAUCGCCGGGGCGAUGGGCGAGGGUCACGCCAAUGGUGUUCCCACGCAGGGCACUGAAUACACGCUUCAGGGCGUUAUGCGUUUUCUACAGACAGAAUGGCAUCGCCACGAGCGCGAUCGUAAUGCCUGGGAGAUUGAACGCGCCGAGAUGAAAUCUCGCAUUGGCAGGCUUGAAGGAGACUUACGAACAAGCAAACGUCUACACGAAUCACUUGGCAAACAUGUUCGGUUGAUGGAAAUUGCAUUGAAGCGAGAGCGGGAGAAUGUGAAAAAGCUCUCUAAUAAUGAGGAGAUCGAGGGUCCAAAAGACCCUAAAGAGCUUGCGCGCGAUGGUGUCAACUACCUGAAGGAACAACGUUCUUCUUUCAAUUUAGGAGCCGGUGCAAACCCAGAAGAAUCCGAACACCACAAUCCUCAAGCUGUCGACCCUGAUGACGGCCGUGAAAAGUCUCGUGGCUACUUGUCUAAGUGCGCGCAAGAAAUCGCAUACCAUGUUAUUCCUACAUCUCAUCCACUCCCGGACCUCAGUGACCCGGAUCUGGCCCAUGGUUAUGGCAACCCCCAUCUGUCGCAACAUAUGUCGCAACAGAUGUCACAGCAGCUUGAGCAGCAUAACUUGGAGGAAGCAUACUUCAAUCGACACAAAGCUAAUGAGAAAAUAUACCAAGAGAGGGAGCGGGCAUUGCAAGAGAGGGAGAUGGCCUUACAGAACAGCCAACAAGGCGGCCAGUACGCAGAAAAGCCAGGCAUGGUAAUGGGUCAGCAUCAGUUCGGUCAAGCAAUCUCCCAGAAUACUGUUGAUCGGCGACAGACGGAGCCCCAACAAACCCCCAUAACUGCCGUCGACCACAGAAAGCAGGCGCAGACACUUGAACACGGGCUUUCAGAUGAUCCUGCCUCUACUCAACAUUCAGCAUACGAUAAUCAGGGCCCUCAAGCGGGGUUUAAAGAGAAUUCUCCGCAUAAUACGAACGAUGAGAAGAAGGAAGAUAUGGAUGGUUGGAACUUUGAUGAACCUGAGGAGCAGCAGCAGCAACCAGCUCUCGAACCCAUUCCAUCUCACCGUCCCGACACUGAUGCUUUUCCCAAUGCCAACUUUGUAGGAUCCAAGUCGCCGUCUCGAGGCGGAUCUAUCUCUCACCGGCGAAAGAGCUCUGGAUCAUAUCGCAAGAGCGACAGUGCAUCCGAGUCUCGAGACUCUGCCUCUACUUUUGGUCAACAAGAUGGUAACUUCAAAGUUCGAUUUGCUCUCCGUGGACACUUAGAUGUGAUCCGAUCAGUGAUAUUCACUGGUGGUGGCAGUCCCUCGGAGCCCGAAAUUUGUACUUGCAGUGAUGACGGAACAAUUAAACGAUGGAUCAUCCCUGCGACCUACGGCACAUUCGGGGCCCAUGGACCGAGUUCUAGCAAUGAUUUGGAUAUCACUUGCUACUUUACUCAUCGUGGACAUGUGGGUGCAGUCACCUCAUUGGCAGCCUGCUCUCCCUCUCAGAACAUAUCUAACGGCGGUCGAGCUCUGGGUGAUGGAUGGGUCUUCUCCGGCGGACAAGAUGCUAGUGUGCGAGUCUGGGAACGUGGUCGGGUUGAUCCUAAGGCUACCCUGGAUGGUCACACAGAUGCCGUGUGGGGUCUCUGCGUCCUUCCAGGGACCGCAGGCUCUGUCUUUGGCGACUCAUGUAGCCACUACGGCGGUGCAGACCGUAUCCUGCUGGCAUCCGGUGCGGCAGAUGGUCGCAUCUUGAUCUGGGCUGUUAGUGCGCCCCCGCUCGUCUCAUCACCCCAAGCAGGAUCGCGUCGCCAGGGUGGAAGCCGACGUGCAAACUCGAUAUCUUCUGGGUCCAACUUCCCGUCAUCUCCCCAGCCAAGUGUCGCCACAUCAACUCCCUUCCACUACACCCUUGUUCAUCAAAUUGUGCGGGGUGGUGAUUCUCCUUCGCCAACUUGCAUAAGCCCUCUGUCAUUAUCUGGAGUUAACUUUGUGGUAUCAUUCACAGAUGCUUCUAUCCUUGUAUAUGAUACCAGGACUGGUGAAGAGAUUGUCGGCAUGGCUAGCCUUGAAACAUAUGAUGGAACUCCGUCAACCGGCGUCAAUUCAGUCGUCACUUCAACCAUUGGCUUUGAUGGAACUGCUAAUUUGGACCCCAACCGAACAAUGGCGGACGAGGAAGUGGUUCACGGAGCUACUGGUUCAAGUAAUGCUGAAGGUGUGAUUAUCAGCGGCUAUGAAGAUCGAUUUAUUCGCUUCUUCGAUGCCAACAGUGGUCAAUGCACUUACACGAUGUUGGCCCACCCGGCUGCGAUUGCCGCUUUGUCGUUGUCUCCGGAUGGCCGCGAGCUUGUCUCAGCUGGUCAUGAUGCAAGCCUGCGCUUUUGGAAUCUCGAGAUGCGCAGCUGUAGUCAGGAAUUGACCAGCCACCGACUUAUGCGUGGUGAAGGCGUCUGCGCUGUUGUCUGGAGCCGUGAUGGCCGCUGGGUUGUCAGCGGUGGCGGAGAUGGCGUGGUUAAGGUCUUCUCUCGAUGA